CAUACCUAUCCUCAGGUAUUCUUCCAUGAAAAAACUCAGUGGGAUCUCUCCAUUGACCGCUGUUCUGAUCUACGACUCAUAUGUACCUAUGCAGGGACGAAUGAUCCUGGUUUGGUGCGCUGGACACCGAUUAUUCCUUCCGCGCACACCGCCUUUGGUGUUGUGUGUUUGAUCGGAUCGACACCAGCUUCACGAUGCAGGAUUGAGUUGUCAUGAUAUGGGUCUGUUUGUCAUGAAGAGUCAUUCAACUAAUGCAGGAGGUUGCGGUGGCCAUCGUAUGAGAGGCCAUGAAAAGGAAAAUUCUUCCAGGCAAACAAGAAAGACAUAUCAUGCUUGAGGUUUAUCAUAGCGGCGAGCCAUUGAACUCGAAUGAGGCUUUGCGACAUGUAUCAAUGCGAUUUCUUCACCAACCUCUUCACGAGGAAUUCGCAUCCAGCCUAACGUUGGAAAGCCCCAUCGUUGUUCAUGACGAGGUCUAGGCCAGGCACUCGUGGCAAUGCGACCUUGCUAAGCUACCCCAGCAUUGCAUCCAAUAGCUUCCGGUGACAACGGAGCGUACAGUACGUGCAACUUUUCAAAAUUGCGCUAUAUAUGAGAGGGCAGUUUCACGGUUUUGAAGAGCAUGCGAUGCAUGGUGAUCAGAGAAUAUUCAACCGUCGUCAGCCACUAUCACCGUGUUGAUGUGCAGCGUGCUGCUUGAUGUCCCGGAUGCGGUUCGUUGCAGAAGUGAAGAAACCCACUAGCCAACCCGACCGCCAACAAACGCCAUGACACAGUUUACAUGUCGUCAGAGAAGUCCCCACAGCUCUCGAACUGCAGCUACAUGCCCACUCUGCAGAUGCAAGACUGCAGGUUGAGUACUUGUCAUGGAUCAUUCCGAAUAGGUACUUAGACUACCUGAACACUGCGCAUUGGACUAUCUUGAAAAUCAGCAUCAGAGUCAAGAUCGAAAACAUAUUCAGUUGAAAUGGAAAACGUGAGAUGAUACUGUCAACAACGACACGAAAUGCCAGUGACAAAGGUAUUUCCUCGUCAGCUACACCAAAACUGGAGGCUGGGUGACGAGAACAGCCUUACCGUUUGUCACAUCAGAUCCAUAUGCGUUGUACAUACAUACAGGAGCAGUAUCCGUACCUAGGUACUGAGCUUGGCUGAUCCAUCGAGACGCGCUCAUGCCCAGGGAAUCACAAGCUUUUUUUGAUACCUGAUAACAGCCUCAAUUAUCUUAACUUUUCCGACUCGGGCUGCGACUCAUCUCUUCUUGCCGCUGCCUCUGUUCUACUACUGACUCCGUUGCAACUCCUCCUCCUCUUGUUGCGCAUCACCAUCGAUUUUGCUGGACAAAACCCAAAUCAAACCCCGACGUGCUCGUCUUUUGCUUCUUUCAUCACUCCUCGUCCUCGUCCUCAUCCUCAUUACCUAUCUUUUCCGCUUUCGCAGACUCCUUCUAUGAGCUUCUCUUAUCUUCCUCACCAUAAAACCAACCUUCUCACCGUAUCUACUCUGCGUAUCAUCGCAAUAUUUGCCUUGUUCUGCAUCCGGCGAAGCCAUCCUCUCAAACCGCUUAUAACCAAUCCCUGCAUCGAUCGGUCCGGUCGAAGCGGUCUCAGCGCUCUCGAUUUGUACCGUCUGUACCUUUUUCUCGUGUCGCUGGUACUCCCCCGUAGCCGCCAACAAUCUUUAAUUUCGCUCCAGUCCCCCCCAGCCUCGACCAACGCCAAACCGGACUUGUCCUGGUCUCUGCCCGUCCCAUCAACGACUUGGACCUGGCUCUUUUCCCAACCCAACAUCUCUCCCACAAACAAAACAAAAUCUCACUUUACUUCUAUACGCAUUAAAGUCAUUAACUCACUGCUACAUUCUCUCGAUCCCCUUGCGCAGAUUCCACCACCGAUUAUAACACAGAUUCCAGUCAUGGGCAGCUUCACUUUCAAGUGGGAGCAUCCCGCCGACGAGGUCUACGUGACGGGUACAUUCGACAACUGGACCAAGAGCGUUCAGCUCGAGAAGGAGGGCAAUGUUUUCUCCAAGACAGUCGACCUGAAGGAGCCCGAGGGCAAGAUUUACUACAAGGUGCGUCAGCGUCAGCGAGCCUCGACCCGCAAUCCCAACAGCAUCUCUCCUUUUCGACAUUCAAUUUGCAUUUGGCACUGGUUUGGUACAACACAAAUUCUGCCUUCUUCGCCAGCAUUGAAAACAAACAUUCGCAGUUCUUGAGUCAUAUACAGAUGGCGGGGAGAACCAUUGGCAUCAACAGCCUAUCCUGCGCGUUUGCUUCUCCGUAUUGCUCGAACAAGAUGGACGAAUAGCUGUCAUGGCCGUGCCGCCCAGGAAUCCGUGCUUUUGCGCCCAUCGCUAUCGCAAUCUGCAGGGCUUUUUAAGCCUAAAGAGCUUGAAGGCGCAAGAGCGGUGGCUGCCGUAAUCCCAGCCCCCUGCCCAUGGUUUUUUUUCUUGCAAGUUUGCUUCGCUGCCAGGAUCGGGGUCUGAACCCCUGGUUCAUUUCCCUGCCUGUCAUGUCAUGGGUUCUCUGCGACCCAUUAGCAUCUCGCACCAGUCCCCAACCAAAACCCCCCCGCCGUUUAGUAUGACGCAAGUCGACCACGAUCGCGACAGUUCUGGAAUGGAGUUAGUGAGCGGAGAGCGGUGGAAAGUCUGCUACACACAGCCCAUGUCAAGUCUCUGCCUGGCCAUACCAGUAGAAUUAUGUGGCGUCAGGCGACGAUGUUGCGUCGCGCAGGGACAAAGUUCCCUCGUACUGCCAAGGCCUCUUCAAGUCAGCGCUUGAUUUGCUUGCGCGCUAGUGUGCCUGCGUUGCCGACCCGCUCUUGCUCUCAGCUCCCUCCUCCCCUUCGUCAUCGCACCAGCUCAUUAAACUCACUUUAUCCCCCUCUUUUGAACCCAAUUGCUGUUCCUACACUCCUACACAUUUGUCGCAAACACUGCAAAGUCCGUCGCUCACCAGCAUUCUAUCUAGUUCAUCGUCGACGGUAACUGGAUCAUCAAUCAAUCAGCUCCCAACGAGCCUGAUCUCGAGGGUAACGUCAACAACUUCAUCACUCCCGAUCAACUUAACACCGAAACCCCUGGCGCCGCUAUACUCAACACUGUGACUCCUUCGUCUACAACCGCUGCGAUGGCUGCCGAACAACCUAUUGAGAACAAACCCACAGAGGAGAAGACUCUGGGUGAUAAGGUACCUAGCGACAAUGUUGCUACUGAUGGCAAUAUACUGACUUCCGAGAAGCCUACCCAAGACGAGAAACUGCCCCUCGAGACCCCUUCUGACAUUCCUGGUGGGUUUCCCGCUACACCUGCCAACGAGCUCGACACGACCAUUGGCAUCAACCCUCUGCCCGCUUCUGAGGGCGCCGGAAACCCUAUCAAGCUAGAGCCUGGCGAGAAGAUCCCCGAAUCCAUCACCGCUCAAAGCACCGACAAAUACGUCAAGCUCGACAAGGAAUCAUACGAGAAGAGCGACGCUCUCCCUGGCAUUGAGACCGAGCUCCCCCCCGUAUCUUCCAAUACUAUUCCCGAAUCCAGUCUGCCCAUUAUCGGCGCACAGGAUGUUGUCAUUAACUCCGCUGCUCCCACAGCUACUACUGCCGGCCUUGCCGCCGAGGUUCCCCUUGAAUCCAACGGUGCUUUCGUCCCCGAGGUUGUAAGAGAGAGCCAGGAGAAGGCUGGCGCUGUUACUGAGGCCAGCACCGACCCUACGGAGGUCAAGGAAAAGACCAUGGUUGAGGAAGAGCUCAAGGGAACUGUGCCUGAGGCACCCGCUACCUCAGUAGGAACCGCUGGUGUUGGUACCGAGAAGUCUGAGAACACGCCGGACACUAGCCUCGCCGCUCUGGCUGCUACUGCUGGUGGUGCUGUGAUUGCUGCUGGUCUUGCUGCCAAGGAGACAGUGGAGGAGAAGGCCAGCCCUGCGCUUAACAGCGCUGCUGACGCUAUUACCGAUACUGCCAACAAAAACUUACCCGAUUCCGUCAAAGAGCAGCUUCCUGUUGCAGCCCAAGAGACCUUGGCCGCCAAGAACGAGGAGCAGAUUCGACAGGAAGUGUCCCCUGAGGUCCCCGUCGAGGUCAAGGAAUCCCUUGUCGAGGCCGGCAAGUCACCUGAAGCAGCUGCUAAUACUGCCGCUGUUGAGGAUAAGAAGGAGGUAGAGAACGAGCUUCUCAAGGAGGUCAAGCCUGUCACUGGCAUUUAUGAUUCUGUUGUUGAGCAACCCAAAGAGGAACCAAAGCAGGUCUCCCCUGAGGUUCCUGUCGAGGUGAAGGACUCCAUUGCGGAGGCUGGCAAGAGCCCCGAAGCUGCUGCCAACACUGAGGCCGUCGAGGAAAAGAAGCUUGUUGAAGCUGAGCUUCUCAAGGAGGUUAAGCCUGCUGCGACCAUCGAUGAGACCCCCAAGGUUGCUCCUGAAGUCCCCACCGAAGUCAAGGAGUCCAUCGUGGAGGCUGGCGAGCGCCCUGAGGCUGCUGCUAGCACAGAAGCUGUUGAGAACAAAAGGGAGGUCGAAGCUCAGCUUCUCAAAGAGGCCGAGCCUGUUCCUGCUGUUGACGAGGUCAAGCCUCAGGAGACUGAGUCUGAUGUUCCCGCUGUUGCUGCCCCUGUUGCUGCUCCUCUUGAGACAAAGGCUGUGGAAGCCAAGCCUGAUGCUGAGCCUGUGACUAAGCCCGAGGAGCCCAAGGCCGAGGCUAAGACAGAAACCCCGGUCGUUGGUAACGGCAGCUCAGCAACCGGUAACGGCACUACAGCAACUGGAAAUGGCGUCAAGGCUACAGAGACCAAGGCCACCACACCAGCCAACGGGAGCAGCUCGACAGCCAAUGGUGAAAAGAAGAAGAAGCACAACCGACUCAGCUCAAUCUUCAGCAAGAUCAAGCACAAGCUUUCCGACAAAUAGAUGAGAGAAUGAGAGAAUGAGGCAACUUAGCUAAUGUCGCAACGUUGUGGGGUCAGACACGUCUCAUGGAUUUUUGUUUUCUUGCGGUUGGUGUCUUCGUUUAUAAAUGAUUCCCCUGGAUCCAUGAGUAAGAGGAGAGUGGUUGAGAUCGCUGGAGGCGUGGAUCUCUGUCAUAUACCUAAUUCAUAGUCAGUUUUAUGUGCAUGCUUUUGAUUGAUACCGGGCUUCAUGUAUGAUAGCUUCUGAUAGGUCAAAAGAAGGAUAUCGUUUUUGGAUAAAUCUAUGCGAAGCUCUUGUAGUCUAAAGUCAUUCGCAGUCAUGUCAAAAUCACGUUAUCUCAUGCC